GGCGUCGCGGCGGCUCCAGGCUGCGGGGCGGACGCAGCGCCGAGCGAUCCAGCGCGGAGCCGCACGAGGCCGCGCGAGCCCUGGCCCCAGCCCGGGCCCGAGCCCCGAGCCCCGAGCCCCGAGCCCCGAGCGAGCUGGGCCGCCUGUGCCGCGGGGUCCCCGGCCGCGUCGCCGCCGCCGGGAAGGCAGCCCGCGCCGAGCAAGUUGCGGACGCGCCGCUCAGCCCGCCCCGGGAAAGUUUCCCCCGCGGCCGCCCGCAGGAGUUGGCGCGGGGUCCCGCCGCCGCCGCCGCCGCCGCUGGAAGGGUUUAUCCUGAGGCCAGCAUCAGGAGGAGAGCUGGGGAGACCCUUGGCCCCCGUGGGCGGCAACGGAAGGUGCCGGUUGGCAGAGACUCCCCGGAGAGCCUUUUUGGUAGGAAAGUUCCCUUUGGAGCUGAAGUUUUCCUCCCAGACUUCAAAGACGGGGCUUCUGAGGAACACGACAUCUGUUUAAACUGAACUUGAACCACGAGGUGCACGGCUCUGGCGUGGCCUCCUGCUUCCGUGGUCAGCUCGCUUGGGGUCCUGGAAUCUGACAUCUAGAACUUGCCAGCGCCACAGACUCAGGACAAGCUGGGCUGACGAAAGAAGCGAACGCGAGCCCUACGGAGCACAAGACUCCAUCCUGCUGACGCCUGGAGAGCUGCCCAGGUUUAUUCAUUGAGGAGCCAUCUUGGGCAGGCACCGCUCCAAGCCCUAGGACGGUGGCAGCGGACAAAAGAAGCCGAUCACCAUGGAGGGCGACUGUCUGAACUGCAUGAAAUACCUGAUGUUUGUGUUUAACUUCUUCAUAUUUCUGGGCGGGGCCUGCCUGCUGGGCGUCGGCAUCUGGGUCAUGGUGGACCCCACGGGCUUCCGGGAGAUCGUGGCCGCCACCCCGCUGCUCGUCACGGGCGCCUACAUCCUCCUGGCCAUGGGGGGCCUGCUCUUCCUGCUCGGCUUCCUGGGCUGCUGCGGGGCCGUGCGCGAGAACAAGUGUCUGCUUCUGUUUUUCUUUCUGUUCAUCCUCAUCAUCUUCCUGGCGGAGCUCUCAGCAGCCAUCCUGGCCUUCAUCUUCAGGGAAAAUCUCACCCGGGAGUUCUUCACCAAGGAGCUCACCAAGCACUACCAGGGCAACAAUGACACGGACGUCUUCUCCGCCACCUGGAACUCGGUCAUGAUCACGUUUGGUUGCUGUGGGGUCAACGGCCCUGAGGACUUCAAGGUUGCAUCUGUUUUUCGACUCCUGGCCCUGGACAGUGAAGAGGUGCCAGAGGCCUGCUGCCGGAGAGAGCCCCAGGCGCGGGCCGGGGUCCUGCUGAGCAGGGAGGAGUGCCUUCUGGGAAGGAGCCCAUUUCUCAACAAGCAGGGCUGUUACACGGUCAUCCUCAAUGCCUUCGAGACCUACGUCUACCUAGCCGGAGCCCUAGCCAUCGGGGUGCUGGCCAUCGAGCUGUGCGUCAUGGUCUUCGCCAUGUGCCUCUUCCGGGGCAUCCAGUAGGGGGCGUGGCCUGAGGACUGGCCCUGCCCACCGCUGCCCAGCACCCAGCGCUCUCCCCUUCCCCCCGCCCCGCCCUCCCUGUCCUGGGCCGCAGGGGAGGAAGCGGCCUGGUGUAUGGCCAGGAGAAGGACCGGGGGAAGAGAGCUAUUUUUUUAACAAAACAAAAUGAAGACAAAACUGUGGCCUGGACGCCAGGGCAGGUGCCGUGGGCCCUCCACAGGGACGCCAGCAUUGAUGCAGGACCAGGUCUGCUCCGGAAACCAAAGGGGCACCGGUCCCGGGCCCCCUCUGUGACCCAGCCAGACACUGGCGUCCCCCAGCCAGGACCCUCUCUCCUCUCAGCUUCAGGACCCGGUGCCAAGCGAGUGAGGAUUUCAGCAGCGAGCAGGCAGCAGCCGACCUCACAGAAGCCCUGGGUUGGGCGGGGCGGGGCGGGGGGAGUGGGGGUCGUCAAGGAGAUUCCAGGACUCAACCUAAGCGCAAUCCCGUGACUGCCAGAGGGUGGCGCUGUCCCUGCUUCAGCUUGGAACCAUGGGCAUCCAAGACCUGGCUGGCAGGGUCUGUUGGACCGUGCCGCGCACCCUUGGAGGCCCAGAGAGAGGUGGCGGCAGAGCACACGCAUGGCUGCGGUCGCUGUGUCCGGGACUCGGCCGGAGCUGCUGCUGCUCAUGGGUGCUGCGGCCUUAGCCUCCCGACGCCCCCCGCAGGCCGAGCUCGACGGCUAAGAACAUUCUGGACUUUGUGCCCCCUGCCCCCUCCCACCGCCCCCACGAACACACUCACGUACACUCACCACAUCCCCGUGUCCCUGUCCACGUCUGUUCCCUGGCUCCUGGGAGAGAAGAGUCCCACCCCCGACCCAGAACGGAGGCCGCACGGCUUCUGCAGGGUUCCUGCCAAGACCUCGCCACCCUCUCCUUGCAUACCUCCAGGGAUGGAGAGCUUACUACCUCCCCAGGCAGCCUCUGCCUCUGGCCUGCUCUGACCUAGCGUUAGCUCACUACACAGCAGAGCAUUCUGUACUUCCCUGGUUCUGGCCAUGGCAUCCCACUCGCUGCGUCUCUUCCUGGACUGAAGAACCCUUGGGGCCUCUGGGCCCUCUCGGCUGUGCCACCAUUCCCUGUCCCUUGCCCGUCCAGGCUCAGGCAGAGAGAGAUUUUCCCACUGACACACGUUCACGCCCACGCACCACUCGCAGACACCAGGGCUUCAACUUCUACACCAGUGUUGGCAGCUAGGCUGCCGGAUGCCUCAUGCCCAUCGGUCAGGAGUGACCGCCAAAGGCUGUGCCGAGGACCUCAGACUUGGUCUGGGCUCAGUGAGAGAGGGCAAUGGAAUCUCGAUUAGUGAUGUCUGUCGGACACCUCGAGUUUGACUAGUGACGUCUGCCGUGGGCACGGGGAUGGGAGGAACAGCAUGGUGCCUGCCCUAGUUAGAGACCCUUGUGUCUCACCUGCCACUGGCCCCUGUACCAGCUCCUGGCCUCCCCUAGGGCUUACCGGCCACCUGGGGAGAGCUGCAGGCAGCAGCUCUGGGCCAACUGGCGAGAUUCAGUUUGGCCCUCUCCCCAUUCCCCAGGCCCCCUGCUGCUGUGCCCACUGGUCCAGGCCCUGCUCACCACGUCUCUAAGCCGUCUUCCCAGUGUCCCUGGGGGCAUCUGCUGUGCUGACCUCAGAGCCCCUUGGAGGCUGCAGGGGCACCUGCGAUGGGCACCCCAGCCCAGCGUGGGAAGGCCACGGGGCUUUGCCCAUCUCUGGACCCCUCCUGCAUGUGGCUGCAGCCUCCUGGGAGAGGCAAUGCCUGCUUGGAGGCUGACCAAAAAAAAAAAGAAAACCCACAGCCAGGCUGGGCGGGGCUGCUG